AUGCUGCUGCUGAUAUUGAUUUAUUAUCUUUUCAUCGGGCUCGCGACCACAGCAGCAGCAGCAGCGGAAUUCCGAUCCGAGGUUCCGCCGUCAGAUGUUUUGCAACGGUCCCGAGGCAUGGAAGUCGUAAAGAUUUGUCUAGUUUUCGCCUUGGCGAUCGCUAUCGCUUCAGCUGCCCUAAAUCACACCCUGUUCGAGGAAGAGAACGAUCUUGCCGAUUUCGGGCGACUGAUCGUAGAUUUGGUGGGUAAGACCAAGCCCGGACACUGCUAUGCCUUCGUUACGGAUCCCAUCUAUCGGGUGACGCUUACGGACACGCUGUUCAAAGAGAUCGGCAGUCAUCCCCGAUUUGUGGUUGAGAUUCCCGAGGACGAGGACACGCUGCGACCGGGCAAGCAGGUGCGCUGCAUGCUGGAAGAGAUCCGUAAGAUCGGCUGUGGCGCUUACGUGGUUCUGAUUGCGAACGGGAUUCAGAUGGAGCGAUUCCUGAGGUAUGGGGACAAAACUCGGAUUCUGGACACGAGAGCAAAGUUUAUCAUUCUGUACGACUAUCGUCUGUUUGUUCCGGAACUUCACUACCUGUGGAAGCGUAUCGUCAACGUGGUGUUCGUGAGAACGCUAACGGUCGAGAACAGUCACAAACGAAGUCACUUCGAGCUGAGUACGGUUCCGUUUCCGCUGCCGUUGAAGGGAGUUUUCGUCUCGAAGCGGCUGGACUUUUGGCACAACGGCAAGUUCCGUUACGGAAGAAAGCUAUUUUCGGAUAAGACGGCUAGCUUGGACGGACAGACGAUGCGCGUGGUAGUGCUGGAACAUACCCCAGCGAUAUUUCGUACGACGCUUAACGAAACCAGCAGCGAACGUCGACAGCGCAUCAAGUACAGCGGACUCGAGGUGGAACUACUCAAGGCCGUUGCCCAAGCGAUGCGAUUCGAAAUGAGUCUGUACGAAACGGAAGAUGCUGGAACGGAAAAGUGGGGAACCAUUAUGGAGGACGACAACUCGACCGGACUGCUCGGUGAUAUGAACGAAGGUCGUGCCGACUUCGCACUUGCCGAUCUUCACUACACGCUGUACCACCUGCAAAUCAUGGACCUCAGCAUUCCGUACAACACCGAAUGUCUGACGUUCCUCACGCCGGAGGCCCUCACCGACAACUCGUGGACCACGCUGAUCCUUCCGUUUACUGGUGGAAUGUGGGCUGGUGUGCUGGUUUCGCUGUUUUCAAUCGGGACGGUGUUCUACGCGCUGUCCCGGCUUAUGAUGUACAUCCGGCAUGAGAAGAUCUACCGGCGGGAUCUGGAGUUAGUCGCGAAACGCAGGAAGGUUAAGAGCGCUAAGCGUGUACGGUUCGGUAACCUUAAGUUCUUAGCUGUCAAAGUUAUGAUCACUAACAAGAUGAAAACCUCUAAAAUUAGCAAACUAAGGACGAGAAUCAACCACGUGCUCAAGCGUAAACCUGUUGAAAAAGACACCCUAGACCUAAGCAAGCUUAAGAUGCUGAAAAUGGUUCCCUUCAAGCGGCAAGCGCUCCCUUGGAGAGAUCCACUACCUCCCAGAGAUAUCUUCGAUACCUUCUCCGGUUGCAUCAUCUACACCUACAGCAUGCUCCUCCUGGUAUCCCUUCCGCGACUUCCGAAAGGUUGGCCACUGCGCCUGCUCACCGGAUGGUACUGGAUCUACUGUAUCCUCCUGGUAGUCGCUUACCGAGCCUCCCUAACAGCGAUCCUCUCCAAACCGGUCGCUCGGCUGACCAUCGACAAGCUCAAGGACCUCGCCGAGAGUCCGAUCAGAUGCGGAGCGUGGGGAGAACAAAAUCGACUUUUCUUUCAAACCGCCCAGGACAAACCGUCGAUGAUCAUCGGUGGAAAGCUGGAGCACACGCCCGACCCGGACGCGGCCGUUGAACGGGUUGUCCGCGGUAACUUCGCCUACUACGACAACGUGUACUCGCUCAAACACCUCCGAUCGACGCGAAAGUCGGAAAAAGCUCGCCAAACGCUGCACAUCAUGGAGGAAUGCGCCGUCCACAUGCCGAUUUCGAUCGGGCUGGAGAAAAACUCUCCGCUGAAGCCAAAGGUGGACAAGUACGUGCGAGCGCUGGUCGAAACGGGACUGACCAAAAAGUGGCUAGCGGAUGCGAUCGAGGCGUUUCAGUCCAACGUAGAGCUGCCCCCGCAGGAAGCUACGAUGGACCUUCAGAAGCUGACCGCGGCCUUUAUCGGACUGGCCCUCGGGUAUGGGAUCUCGCUGCUGGCAUUCGCCGUGGAGAAGUUGUACUGGAAAUGUGUGAUCGAGAGGGAUCCGGCCUACGACAAGUACCUAACGGGGACGUGCCAUCGACGAGUGAUUAGACGUUGAGAUUCGAAGUUGGGCAUCUCAGUUCAAGGGUUUCCAAACAAAAAGUGGC